UUCCGGUUGUUGCCCGCUGAAACGAUCCAAAGAUUGGUACGCCAUUAUUGGAUAGUGACGCUACAGCUCAUUAUUCCAAACGUUUUUCCUGCUUUUUGCUACAUUCUACGUUAUUUAUUGAUGGUUCGAGUUUCACAAUGAGUGACAUUGAGCGAAGCGGUAGCCGCAGCGCGAGCCCUAGAAGGCCAAGAACGGCGGACGGAGGUUUAAGGGACUCGCGGUCACAUUCAAGAUCGCGAAAAUCGCGAGAACGCAAAGAAUCUCACCGACCAUUGAAAGAAUAUUCAAGAUCGAGAAGCCGAUCGGUAUCUAGGGGAAGAAAAUCAUAUCGCAGCAGCAAGUAUACCAGUGCAGGUCAUCGCGGUAGUAGUCGCAGUCGUAGUCGUUCUCCUUACAGGGGUGGGCGAUAUUCUCGAAGCAGAUCUCGUUCAUAUUCCCGUUCCCGUUACUCUCGGGAACGGGACAGAAUCAUCUACCGUUCACACUCCCGUAGCCCGAUGUCGUCUCGGCGACGACACGUCGGAAACAGGGACAACCCUUGUCCUUCCAGAUGCUUAGGCGUAUUUGGUCUUUCUAUUUUUACAACUGAGCAACAAAUACAUCAUAUCUUUUCUAAAUAUGGACCUGUCGAACGUGUGCAAGUCGUAAUCGACGCAAAGACUGGACGUUCCAGAGGAUUCUGUUUUGUAUAUUUCGAAUCAUCUGAAGAUGCUAAAGUAGCGAAAGAACAAUGCACAGGAAUGGAAAUUGAUGGACGAAGGAUAAGGGUAGAUUUUUCAAUUACACAGCGGGCUCAUACGCCGACUCCAGGAAUUUAUAUGGGGAAACCUACACAUCUACACGAGAGAUGGGACGGGCCCAGGAGGAGAGACAGCAGUUACAGAGGAAGUUAUCGACGUUCACCUAGCCCGUAUUACAGUCGCCGUCGUUCACGUUAUGACAGAUCUCGUUCACGCUCUUACUCACCACGUAAGUCUAUUCUUUCUAUUCCUUCACCAUCUAAUAUAAGCUGUCUACACAGAUAUGUGUCUCGUAUAAAAUAAUAUUAACAAAUAGUAACAUAAUAUCAACAAAUAAUGAAUGCUCAUUGAUUUGAUAUUGUAUAAUUCGCCGAGAAACUCAUACUUAAGAUUUUCGAAAGUAUUAAAGUACUAUGUACUCCUAGAGAAAAUUAAAACCAUUGAACACACGUUAAUCACAUAUAUUAACGUGCAAGUAGCACACGAAACAUUCUUCAUUUAUACAGGACUUCAAAAGGCAAUAAUGUAAAAACGUGAGUUUAAAUAUUCUGUUGGAAAUGUGGGAUUUAAAUAUUCGCGAUGUCAUGGCCGGUAAACGACAUAAUUCAGUGAAAUAUCGUAAAAUCAUGCAGUAACAAUUUGUACAUUUUUAAAAUGAAUGAAGAUACGCAAGAAAAAGAGGAGAGGGAGUUACAUUGAAAAUUUUAAAUGCUGUAACGCGAAAAUCGCGAAGUGCAUGCACUUCAGAUUUAAAGUAACAUUAAUUCCGGUGCAUACGGAAGUUAUUUCAGCAGUUUUUCAUUUAGAUUCAUAUUUUCGUAGACCGCUUAUAUUUAAUCUCAAUGAAAAGAUGUUCAGACACAAAAAAGUAGAUAAAUUAGCAAGAAUGGAAGACAGGAGCAUCAAGGAAUGCAUCCAAUAAAUCGUACGGUAGUAACUAAGUGUAACCCGUAACCAUGGGUCAAACAAUCAUAGUUUUUGUUGCUUAAUGAAUUUCAGGUCGAUAUUAAGUGACACGAGUGUGAUGCGAGAGGCCAGGUGUUUGGGAGACCAUUUGUGUGACUUGACCCUUUGACCUCAAAUUUCUUCUAACAAUACUGUACCGGGUCAAAAGAAAGAAUGUGAACGCUACAUUCUUAUCACUAUUCUUACCUUACAUAAUACUGCAAAUAUAUGCAAUUAAUAUACGGCAUUUAAAUCAUAUUGUACAAUAUCAAUUAAUGAGAUAUUUUAAAGUGCAAUAGAGUGUAGUAUAUUCUUUGCAUGAAACAGUAAGGUUUGAAUGGACGCGAAAAAAACCUUAUUUUCGUAUUGUCACUAUUGCUUCCUAAAAAAAGAGAAAAACCUCGUGUUAUGAAAAUAAGGUUUACCUAUUGUAAUAAUCGCGAUGUGAAGGUUGGAAUAUAAUUAAGUUUUCUUUUUUUUUCCUUUGACACUUUACUAGUUUUUCCUUAAGAGUUGUAUUCCAGCCGUAUGGAAUUUGAAUAUCACUGGUAAAAAAAGUAAAAAACAUAAGACGAAUCAGGACAAAAUGUGGUACAUGUUGCUAAUUGUUGUUUUUGCAUAAAAGAAAGGAAAGAAAACGAAUCACAUAGUACCGUACACAGAAAACGAACGAAACAAAAAAAAAUUAAUAAACUUACAAAUAGAAGUAAGUUCUCUAACUUGUUUGUUUGUUUAUAAGGUUUUGAAUCAAGAGGUAUUGGAUGAUAGAGGGAAGUUUGAAGUUUCGCUCUGAAAAAAUGAAAAGUUUUGAAAAGUCGAAGACAAGAUUAUCUGAAGAUGUUUGUCUUGCUCUGAAUUUCGAAGAUCCGAAGGUUUAUUCGCGCUUGUGACAAAGAAUAUGAUCCAAAUCGCAUUCCUUACCGGCUGAGAAGUCUCAAGCCUAGAAGAACUGCAAGCACACUUCGUUUAAAACGCAAGCCUGAAGACAGUAAGAAAAUCGUUGCUCGUCAGGCCCCCGCGACCUGGACAAGAAGCCAGUGGUUGGGGGUGAAACCUGGUCGAACGUGUUGUCAGAAAAUGAAUUCAAGAAGAGAAAGUCUUUUCUAAGUAGGGAAGAGCGUAAGGUGCUUCAAGGUUUAUACCGAUCAUAUUCUUUAUCAGUUGGUUUGGUUCAAUGAUGAUAUAUCCGUAAAUUAGGUGUUAUCAAAUAAAAUAAACGUACAUACCUUCGUCCCUAUUCCCUCCACCAUCCCAAAACCUCCUGCUUACCCCUAAGGGUGAUAUCCUACCGUUUUCAUUUUGUACAGGAACUAAGCAGCGGCAAUUCCUAUUGAGACAACUAAUAAACAAGUGGUUUUUUUCUAAAUAAAUGCAUAUUUACCUAACAUUCGAUGUAUAUCGUGCGAUGUAAAGUACUAUUAUACAUUCUUUUUGAAUUUUUGUAAUCAGUCAUUUGUUCGUUCUUCGCAAAUUAAAUCCACUGGUUUUUUAAGUGUGUUUAAGUACUGCGAUUGUAAGUUUCGUAAUAGAAAAGAACGCUUUUUGAUUAAUAGAAACCAUACGAAAGUG